AGGGUUAAAGAUGGCGAUGGGAUAAGUGGAGCUCGUUUAUCGCAAAUUUGACAGUGGCAGUUAAAUGUUGAGUUUUCCCUCCAAACUGGCAGUCUCUGGAAGCCGACGAGGCUUUCUGCUCUCCUCACCUCCAGCUUCUCCUUUGCUCCUCUUGUUUACGACCGCCUGUCUCCUCAUAUCAGCCCUAAAUCAUCCUUGUGAAACAGGACUGAGGAGAGGACGAUUCUCUCCUCUGUUUCAUCGCUUUCAUUGCUGCUUCAGGCCUGCGACCUUAUCUCCUCCACUUAUUUCAAUUCCAUCCAUCCCAUUCCUUUAGCUUUUCAAAAAACCUUUCGCCUCCCCCCUGCCUCGUCUUUCUUUGCGCCUCAUUGUGGAGCUAAAUUUCCCAACCUGCCACCCCUGGAAUCCCUGCAGAUGUCCGGAGCCUGGCACUGAAGCGGGCGCUUGCCAGCAACCCAGAUGCAUUUGCAACUCUUUGCCAUUGUGAUGUCCUUGUUUUGUGAGGUGAUCAGGAUGGGGUCUGGCGUCAUGCAGAAGCAAAGCGCUCACAGAGAGACGUCAGAAGACUGUCAGAGUUGUCUGGAGUGUUCGUGGGACAACGGCUGCAUACGUUGCCCAGAGCGAUUCUUCCUCUUUCUCCAGAGGAAAGGGAUGUCUCAUCACGGAACCUGUCUCCAUUCCUGUCCUGCUGGACACUAUGGACAGAGAGGGAGGGACGUGAACCGCUGCAUGAAAUGCCGCUCAUUGGACUGCGAGCAAUGUUUCAGUCGGGACUUCUGCACCAAGUGUAAGCCUGGCUUCAAGCUGUACAAGGGCAAAUGUUUGAUCCACUGCCCAGAGGGAACCUUUGCUCACCAGACAGACUGCCUCGAGGACUGUCCCUUGGCUUUAAUGGGAGAGUGGAGCGAGUGGAGCUUCUGCCUCCGUGAUGGCGCCACCUGUGGUUUCAGAUGGGGAAAGCAGACAAGGGUCCGGGAGACCAGCCAGGGUGGGACAGUGACUGAAGAAAAAGGAGCAUCUGUCUGUCCACCCCAAAGUGAAACACAAAGGUGCAGGAUGAAGAAAAAAUGUCCUACAGAAAGAAGACAGAAUAAAAAAGGAGGACUUGGAAGAAAGGAGGAGAGAAAACGACUGCAACUCUUCGCCAGCAGCCGCUCAUUCAUCUCACCUAAGGCAACAGCAGACAGCAGCAGAGGGCCCGGAGGUCCCUGAACCAGAUCCAGAUGAGCAGUCGGAGCACAUGUUGGUCUGCUGACAGCAGAAACCCGUGACCCGCUGAGCAUUUUGUUUUCCUGCAGCCUGUACAAUAUAAAAAUCAGAAAAAUGGAGAAAAAGUACCUCCUGUAUAGACUAUUUUUUUGUUUAUUCCCAUAAUGUGUGAAUAAAUGAUCCUGUAUUUGUUUUAGAAAACCUUUUACAAAAACCAAAGUAGGAUUUGUUAAGUCAUGUUCUACUCGAGCUGCUCUGAUCAAAAAUUAUAUUUAAUUUGCUUUUCGUAAGUCAAACAAUGUAUGUCUCUGCAUUUUAUACAUCGAAUUAAAGACCAGCGGAAGUACUGCAGCAAGCUCUGCAUUUUAUACCCACAGCAGACAUGUUUGAUUUUUAGGUCAGGGUUGAUGAGGAUCCUUCUGACUUUCCAAACUGGAAACUUAACCUCUGGAGGUUUCCCAGCUGUUAUUGUCCAACUUGGAACCUUUAAAUUCUGAACAUUAAUGGGCAAAAGUGCAAAUAGCCUCUAAAAAAGAUGAAGUGUUUUUGAGGGGUUAAAAUUUUCAAAAACCUAAUUUUGAAUUUGUUAUACUUCUUAAUUUCUGAGGUUAAAAUUUCCUUCUGAUGAUUUUCCUGUCGAAUGUCCAGCAAACUCUUCUAAAUCUGGAUAGAAAUAAUUUCUGCAAGUUCUUUGGUGAGUUAAAUGUAUCAGAUUAUUUCUGAAGGCAAAAAGAAAAUGUGGUUUCAUCUAAAGUACCAGGAACUAUUUGAUAUUGUUUAAUAUCUACAUUUCUGUUUUAUUCCCUCCAAGUUUGGGCAAAGCUGGAGGAAAAAGGAGGAUUUCUGAUGCAUCGUAUUACUUUUUCAAAAUAGGGUAAACAGAGUAAGAAACACUGCAUGUUUAGUCAAAACUAUCUCACAGUUUAUUCUUCAUUUGUCUGUUAAAAGGAAUUCCUGCAGAGUUUGCAUCUAAAUCUCGGAUCGGAAACAUGAAGUUGACAAAUGAUUUUUCUGAUAUUGCCCAGGUGAAGCUUGCGUGACACAAGAUGUAAGUUUUCUUUCUUUAUUUCCCAAAGUGAAUAAAACCUGUUUUUCUUUUCUUCCGCUGCUUAUUUAUCACCUUUUUAAUGGGAAACGAUUGCACCACAUGGAUCUAUCACUCAGUAAAUGUUUGUUUGGAUUUUAGAUUUCUUCACACGUUUUUCUGAGUUCAGAUGUGCAGAAAGACACAAACUUCAUCCCAGGAGUUUAUCUGUCAGAUUAAAUCAAGCUCCUCAUGUUCUAAA